AUGCGUCCUGACGCGAUCUCCAUUCUCGCAGCCUUACUCGCUGUAGGCAGUCUUGAGCUCGUCGUAGCUCAAGAUGCCCCCGAAGCGCAUGUUCAGCGGCCCCGCUGGUACUUCCCGCAGGAAGUCAAACGAACGAUUCGCAGAAGCGCUGGGUCCAACCCUGGCUCCAUCCUCAACGGUACAUUCGACAACUUCACUCAUACCCAGGUUACUUUAUCCACGACUACUCCCAUCCCCGAAACUUCCGCCUCGGCUCAGCCCGCGAAGGGAAAGGAUGUCGUUGUGACCGUCUCGGUUGACCCCAAGAACCCCGAGAUCACCCACCGUAUCACUGGGACUACGACUAAUGGCGGUGAACCAACUAGCACUACUACCGCGACUACGAAGGCGAAGAUGACAGAUGGUUCGAGCACCGAGAACACCACCAGGAAGAGCUCCGAGGCCGCGUCUACCGAUGCGGAAACCACGAGCAAGCAGGGGUCGGAGGUUGACCCAUCAGCCAAGGCUUCGACUACAUCUAAGUCUCCUUCAACUAAGUCUUCUUGGACCACAAGCUCUAGCGACGCUCCCCUUGGCGGUUUGACCUCUGGUUCAGGAAACCUCCGAGGAGGUAAUUCUACAGCCUCAACCGUGAGCACAUCUGCAACGGCAACCACGCUCUCGGCUGUGGGCACAUCUGCAACGGCAACCCCGCCUCGACUCGAUGGUCUCCUUGGUGGCUCGACCUCGGGAUUGGCCAACGUUUUGGGCGAAUCAACAACCAGCAGCUCCGUCUUUGCGACACCCACUGGUCUCUCUAGCGCCAACAAGAUCAGCAGCGCAGCCUCAGGCAUGGCAAGCUCGGGUUCGGAUCUCGCUGGCCUUUGGGGCGUGGGUGGCAAGUCUUCCACCGGCAACAGCACAAGUGCUACUGUGUUCCCGGUUGCUUUGAGUUCACCUAUCAUCCCAGUCAGCGUGCCUGCUUCCGCUACCAGCUCGCUGUUGUCCAUACCCACCCCCCAUGGAACUACAACUUUUGGUGAUUUCGUCGGUAGUCCCGUGCCGAGCGUGGAUUCUGUGCCUGGUGUCACCUCUGCUGGCAUUGGUAGCACUGCCUUAAUUCCGACUGCGUCUAUGCCAAAUGGAAGUCUUUUGCCGGCCAAGUCGACUGGCAUCAUUCCUGGCCAGGCAGGUACCAACAACGGUGCCAUCCCCACCCCGGCCAAGACCCUGGGAUCAAUUCCUGUCCCACACUCGCCAGGCUCCGAUUCUACCUCAACUUCCGUGUCUGGAACUGUCUUUGGCUCUAGUACCCCAUCGGCUCCUUUGCUGGGCACUAGUGCUAUCUCUUCUGUUCCCUACAUUGGCUUUCACGACAGCUCCAAGGUUCCUAUCCCCACUUCUCACCCAGCCUCUACCCCGCUUCCCUCGUCAAAUCCAUCGACUUCGUCAGUUGUGUCCACUCCGUCAACUCCGACGACUUCGACGAGCGAAGAAGUGGGCACGGCCAAGACCACUGUGGAGCCUCAGACCCCGACAGAGGCGCCUACGCCGCCCACCGACAACAACAACAACAACGACGACAACGACAACGACUGGAUGCCAUCGACCAUCCUUAUCAUGCCCACCGUCACUGCUACCGAAAAUUCGACCUCCGGCCAGAUCGCGAAGCCCACGGUACCACCCUCGCUCCCUGGCUCUAUUACUCCAUCGAAUGAGGUUACCGAGCCUCCGUCUGACUCCAUCUUGCUCCAGCUUGGUUUCAAUAACCAGCUGCCCUGGUCAUUUGUUGCAACCACUCCUUUGUCCUCGUCGCAGAUCUUUAACUACACCCCGCAAGCUAUUGAGAACGCUCUGCCAGCCCUCUCUGCUAAGGACGGCCCAGUUAUGUUUGCUAUUGAGCCUUAUUACAACUGGCAAUCGACAGGUUACAACGCCACUAUUGCUAUCUUCUAUUUCGCUCGUGACAAGGUCGAUGCCCUGAAAGCGCUCAAGGUCAAUCCCAACUCUGCUCUCUAUACCCAGGCUAGCGAAUCCCUCCAUUCACUGAUGGGGAUGGUUGACCCCACAAUUCCCCUCGAGUUCUCAGGAAACUACCCUAGUGGUAAUAUCGACUCGACUGGCGGUAAAGACAAGGGUGGCAGCGAUGAUGGCUCAGGCAGUGGCAACAACGAAAAUACCGAUGGCUCUGCCGGCACCUCCACGGCUCAGGCUAGCUCUGUUGGAAUCGGAGUCGGUGUUGUAGCCGGUGCUGCCGCUUACGGUGCGGGUAUGUUCUGGGUUGCCCGUCGCUACCGCAAGAGAAAGCAACUGCACCAGCGCUCUAGCUCAACCGUUGAGCAGAUGAGCCAGGGAGGUUCCGCCGCUGGUACGAUGUUCGCUGCCGGUGGCCGUGCCCCCAGCCAUGUUAGCCGUGGAACCGCUCGCUCGCAGAUGAUCAGCGCUCCCGUUAUGGCGGAGAACUCGCUAGGAUGGAACUAG